AUGGCUUCAUCAGCAUCCGCCACGCCAUCUUCGGCGUUGCCGUCUCUCUCGGCAGCCGAUGCGGUUGCAAAACUAACAGCCGCCGUGGCCGCUGGUGCCGAGACAGAGACAGAGCCAGCUGUAGUUGAGAUAGAAGCAGACGCAGAAGCGUAUGAGCGUACCCACGUCCACGGCGUCUAUGAGGCCAUCGCCCCGCACUUUUCGGCCACUCGCUACAAGCCUUGGCCUACUGUGGGAUCGUUCCUGCACUCUCGGGCAGCCGGCGCCGUUGGGCUCGAUGUAGGCUGCGGUAAUGGCAAGUACCUCGGCGUGAACCGAGACGUCUUCAUGGUGGGAUCUGAUCGGAGCCCAUCACUGAUUACGCUAGCCAAGGACCGCUGCAUGAAACUUCAAGCUCAACCAGGGGGUGACACAGCUGGACCGGGAACAGGAGGGGACACUGCUGGCACUGCUGUGGGCACUGACGUCCUCGUGGCUGAUGGGCUCUCCCUGCCCUUCCGAGAACGUGUGGCAGACUUCGUCAUCUGCGUGGCGGUCAUCCACCACAUGUCUACGCGGGCGCGGCGGCAGGAAGCAAUUCGGCAACUGCUGCGAUGUGUCAGGCUUGGAGAGGCUGACAAACCGGGAGGUCAGGUUCUCGUCUAUGUCUGGGCACUCGAGCAGGGUACCAGCCGCCGCGGGUGGGACGAAGGCAGUGAGCAGGAUCUGCUGGUGCCAUGGGUCUUGAAGUCCCAACAGAAACAGCCGAAACAGCCGAAGCAGCCGAAGCAAAAAAGACCGCAGAAGCUGAAAACCGUAUCUCAAAGCCAAGGCAUUGGUGGUGAUGAUUCCGCCGACCGGAGCGGUGAAUCGGUGCCGACACCACCGGCUACCACCCCCGUUGCGGAGCCGGAGGCCGCCCUUGGCCAGACCGAUCCCAAUCCUGACCCCGUCUUCCGGCGAUAUUACCAUCUCUAUCGCAAAGGGGAGCUGGAGGAGGAUGUGCUGGCCGCAGGCGGCUUUGUCGUCUCCAGCGGGUAUGAGAGGGACAACUGGUGGGUCGUGGCCGCGAAUGAGCCCGUCCCCGCGGGUCAACAAUGA